AUGUUUGACUGUAAACCUCAUUACAUCAACAUACUUCCUCACUUCAAUGGAAGGUCGAAUGCUGAACCGUACACGCAUUUGGCGGAGUUCUCAUCUAUAUGUAACACGAUCGGGGGGCACAAUUUCGCAUUGGAGGAAGUUAAGCUUCGACUAUUUCAAUUUUCAUUAAAGGACAAAGCGAAGCAGUGGUACCUUACACUUCCGACCAAUAGUAUUCGAACAUGGGGAGAAAUGCAACAAGCUUUUCUUGAUGAAUACUAUUCGAUGGCAAAGACCGAUGAUGCUCGUGAUGAAAUUAGGGCUUUUCGCCAAUUAUCAGGUGAGCCGUUGCAUGAAGCAUUCACAAGAUUUAAGGAGUUGAUGCGAAAGUGCCCACAUCAUCAAAUAGAGAAGUGGGAGUUAGUCAAGUGUUUUGUACGGGGUUUAGACGACAAUACAUGGAACCGCCUUGAAUCAACGAGCAACGAGACCCUCUUGAGCAAUCAUGAAGAUGAUGAUUGGGAGUUUUUGGAGCAGAUGAGCAAACGGUCAAAAGAGAAGGAAUCGGCCGAUAGAGCUAAGAAACAUCCCAUUUCCCGGUCACUUCCCGGUCUUGAUUCUAAAGAUCAAAUUUCUACCUUAGAACGGGAAAUGGCUCGUAUGAAGAAGAAGGAGGUGAACGCGGUACAAUUUGCGGUGUGUGAAGAGUGUGGAGAUAUUGGGCAUAGAACCGAGCAAUGUCCAACGGGGUCGAGUGACUACACCGAGGAAGUAAACCAAGUAAAUCACCCUAACGUCCGGUAUGGUAAUUCUUCGAAUCAAAUGAACCCGAAUUUUCAAUCGGGUAAUCAAGGUGGUCAAGGUGGGUCCUCGUAUAACAAUUGUCAAGGUGGUAACCAAGGGGGUUACCAAAGGAAUUACAAUCAAGGAGGUAACCAAGGACAUCAAGGUCACAAAAGCAACUAUCAACGGGUUUACAACCAAAGUGGAAAUGGGGGUGGUGCAUCAAACUCCCAAGGUGAUGAUUCGAUAAGUUCGAAAUUUGAUGCCAUCAUGAAUGCUGUGAGUAAUCUUACCAACUCACAACAAGCUCUUACCAAUUCACAACAAGCACUUACUAAUUCAUACCAAGAGUUCAAAGCCGAAGUAAAGAAAGAGUUUGAAGUGAAGGAUAAAUCUCAAAAGGCAUUAGAGAAGCAAGUGGGGCAACUAGCUCAAGAGAUGGCUCAAAUUCAUGGAAGUGGAGGAGGACUUCCAAGUGACACCACGGUGAACCCUAAGCAUCAAGGGUCAAACUCAAGGAACACACAUGAGGUCCAGGGGGAACUAAGAAAUCUUUUCUGA